UUUCUGUGAUUCCGAAUAAGAUUAGAGAGUCUUCUAGGUUUUUCCCUUACUUCAAGAAUUGCGUGGGAGCUAUAGAUGGAACCCACAUUCCUGCAACUCUGCCAACAAGUACACAACUUCCAUUUCGUGGUAGAAAGGGUUAUACCACACAAAAUGUAAUGGCUGUAUGUGACUUUGACAUGAGGUUCACAUAUGUGCUAGCUGGGUGGGAAGGCUCCGCUAAUGAUUCGAGAAUCCUAAAGGAGUGUAUUGAGAAUGAGGCAAUGAACUUUCCAGCUCCACCAGCAGGUAAGUAUUAUUUGGUGGACUCAGGAUAUGCCAACAAGCCUGGUUAUUUGGCCCCAUUUCGAGGUCAUACUUACCACUUUCAGGAAUAUCGUAGGACUAGACAACCUCGUGGUCGGGAGGAAGUGUUCAAUCAUAGGCAUUCAUCUUUGAGAAAUAUAAUUGAGCGAUGCUUUGGGUUGUUGAAGAUGAGAUUCGCUAUUUUGAGGGCAAUGCCUCCUUAUAAGUUUUCAACACAAGUAUUGAUUGUAAUGGCUUGUUGCACAUUACACAAUUUCAUCAGAAAUCAGCAUCAGCCUGAUGAUUUAUUUGAUAGUAACGAUCCUCCUCAAAGUGAUGGUGAAGAUGAUGAGAUUGUUGAGCAUGUGCCUUCGGCUCAGCUUCGAGAAAUGGAUCAGUUGCGUAAUACUAUUGCUGAUCGAAUUUGGAAUUCUCUUUAGCACUUUUGAUCCUUCUGAAAGUGAUGAUAUGAAGUGUGUUGAUGUUCUCUUAAAGGCCACAUGUGCUGUUAUGAAGAUGAUGUGUCGUUGCCAUUGUCAUCCACUUUAUGAACUUCUUAUCAAUUUUUACUGACAACUAUGUAUUGUUAAUGCUUUGUUCCAAACAUUUUAUGUACAACUUAAACUUGUUUAAUUUGUUGGUUGAAUAUUUAAAGACUUGUAAAUGGUAUACACUCUAUUUCAAUUAUGCUUUCAGUUGGGUUUGUUUUUA